AUGACGACGGGAAUGGCAGCGCGCCCUCGACCCCGCAGGACCUGCUGCAGCCCUUUGUGCACAUGCUCCAGUUUGCGCUGGAGGUGCUGGUCACCCCGCUUGCCGGCGAGGCCACCCACCCCGACACCGUGGCUCGAUGUGCUGGGCCGGCCAGCAAGCUCCUGCACACCCUGCGCUACUGCGCCGUGCCCCACGAAGACGGCUCGGGCCUGGUGGAAGGCAGCCACGCCCGUGUGGCGCUGGUCUGCGAUCUGGGGCUGGGGGUCCUCAGCCAACUAUGCAGCCGCCUGA